AUGGACCAACACCAAGCACCAGUGAUUCAGGAACUAUCGAGGCUCAUCCCAUCCCUUCCGGUGUAUACAGUAUCAAACCCGCAAUUCGAGCAUUAUCGUAUGACCUAUAACCGUGCCCUCACGCACCAACCCCUAGCUAUUGUCCGCCCCCAGACAGAGGAAGAAGUCUCACAAGUAGUCCAAGCAUGCUCGAACCAACGUAUCCCCCUCGCCAUCCGCUCCGGGGGCCACGAUUUCUUCGGUCGCUCCCUCGUCGCCGGCGGGAUCGUCAUCGACAUGCGAGCGAUGGAUUCUAUCAUCAUCUCCCCGGAUAGGACCAGUGCACGCGUGGGCGGCGGAGUCAUUGCAGGAACACUACAACAGUAUCUAGCCGCUCACCAACUAUUCACACCAACGGGCCAAUCGAAGACCGUCGGCUACGUUUCCUGGGCCUGUGGCGGCGGAUAUGGAUUCUAUGUCGGGACAUAUGGAUUCGGUGUGGAUCAGAUCCUCGGCGCAAGAGUGGUCUUAGCGAGCGGGGCUAUCAUCGACACCGACGAUGACCAAGAGCUACUCUGGGCUCUGCGGGGAGCAGGGGCUGGCAACUUUGGUGUCAUAGUUGAGCUGAGGGUGAAGGUGUAUCCAGCACCGAAGCUGUAUGCGGGCUACUUAGCGUUUCCGCUUCAUGAAGCGGCUACAGUAUUGGAAGAAUUUGAGACAGUUGUUGCGCACGGGCUUCCUGACGAGUUUAGUGGCGAUGGUAUUGUUGCGCAUCCGGAUAUGUUGCAGGGAGUUGUUUCUGAGCCUUGUUUUACAUUCUUCUGGUGUUGGACUGCUGUGGAUGGGGACUUGGAGCCGGCGAGGAUCUUUCUUCGGAGGAUGAUGGGCUUGGGUACAGUUCUGGCGAAUACUGUUGAAGAGACCACUGCGGCAGCUUAUGGUGUCGGGGAUUCAGCGUCUGCUACCUUCUUCUGCAGUAGAAACAUUCGAGGACUGAAUCCCGAGAUCGGAGCAAUCUUUUCAGGUCAUCCCCCAAUACAGCCACUAUCAGCAGUCAUCAUCCAUAACAAUCAUGGCAAGGGCGUACGGAAGGAGAUACCUAAUGGUUUCAGUGCCUGUUUUCCCAAUAGAUUCCCGCAUGUCAUCCUCGGGCUCCAUGGAGGAACACAUUCCAAUGCAGAGGUUGGCUCUGAUACUAUUACAGAGGCCUCUAGUUGGGCAAAACAGCUGAGAAGAGAGAUUGAAGAACGUGAGCUUGCGUUGGACGGGGGAUUUCCGAGCUUCUUCCCGCCAGAACAGAUCGACGUGGAGCAGUUCUUUGGUGUUCAAGCUACAGAUAGGUUACGACGCUUGAAAGGCAGACUUGAUGCGGAUAAUGUUUUUAGUGGUGGCAUGGUUAAAUGUUUAUGA